UACUCUGAGCCCCAAUAAAUAACGAAACGUUUUGAGCUAAUACAGUUUUUUUCGCCGUUUUUUUGUUCGUCUCUUUCGUUUUGGCUGUGCGACUAUGAAGAGCUAUACUUAGCUAAUCUCUGUUUAUCUUCGUCGUGGUGAGUAUACUGCAUAUAUGGCGCUUUCAUCAACAUUUUCGCGCCUAAAUCUCCUCCCAAAACCUUCCUUAAUUUUUCUUCGAUCAUGGAAACCUCUCCUGCUGAACCGAAGCUCCAAGUUGCUACCGCCGGCUUCUACUUCUUCUUCUUCUUCACUCAGCUCCUUCUCGGCCUACUGCUCAAGCUCAACAUCCACAAAUUCCACCUCCCCAGCCCCCAAGAGUCCAAUUACGGAGGCCCAAGACGAUCUUAUCGUUCUGGGUAUUGAAACCAGCUGCGACGACACCGCUGCCGCUGUUGUCAGAAGCAACGGCCAAAUUCUCAGUCAAGUUGUGUCUUCCCAGGCAGAUUUGCUUGCUCUAUAUGGGGGUGUUGCUCCGAAAAUGGCUGAAGAAGCACACUCGCAAGUGAUUGAUCAGGUUGUGCAGCAAGCACUUGACAAAGCUAACUUAUCUGCAAGCGAUCUAUCAGCAGUAGCUGUUACUAUUGGUCCUGGUUUAAGCCUUUGUCUUCGUGUUGGAGUGCAGAAAGCUCGUAAAGUUGCUGGUAGCUUUAAUCUACCGAUGGUUGGUGUUCAUCACAUGGAGGCUCAUGCUCUAGUAGCCAGAUUAACUGAGCGAGACUUGCAAUUUCCUUUCAUGGCGUUGCUUAUUUCAGGAGGACACAAUCUACUCAUUCUUGCUCGUGAUCUUGGUCACUACAUACAACUUGGUACAAGUAUAGAUGAUGCUAUAGGUGAGGCUUAUGACAAGACUGCAAAAUGGCUUGGUCUUGAUAUGAGGAGAAGUGGUGGUCCGGCUGUAGAGGAGCUUGCUCGGGAAGGAGAUGCUCAUGCAAUCAAAUUCUCUACUCCAAUGAAACAGCACAAAGACUGCAACUUUUCAUACGCUGGUCUGAAAACUCAAGUGAAGCUAGCAAUUAGAUCCAAAAAUGUGAAUGCCGUGAUUCCCAUUUCUUCUGCAAGUAGCGAAGAUAGAAGGUCUAGAGCUGAUAUCGCUGCUUCUUUUCAGCGAGUUGCUGUAUUACAUUUAGAGGAAAGAUGUCAGCGAGCAAUUGAAUGGGCUUUAAAGAUUGAACCUUCCAUUAAACAUUUGGUAGUUUCUGGGGGUGUUGCAUCAAAUCAGUAUGUGCGGGCUCAGCUUGAUCAGGUUGUUAAAAAAAAUAACUUGCACCUUGUGUGCCCUCCUCCCAGCCUUUGUACCGACAAUGGUGUAAUGGUGGCUUGGACUGGUAUUGAGCACUUUCGUGUGGGAAGAUUUGAUCCAGCACCGCCUGCCGAAGAUCCUGAAGAUGUAGUGUAUGAUUUGCGGCCACGGUGGCCACUUGGAGAGGAAUAUGCUGAAGGAAGAAGCGAAGCUCGCUCUUUGAGAACGGCCCGGAUCCAUCCAUCUCUCACAUCCAUUAUUCAAGCUUCUCUACAACAGCAGCCAUAGUCUGCUCUGCAACAUCUCCUAAUUGCUGAGUAGCUUCAGACUUCUCCACUGGUGCCAUUUUUCGGUGCAGAGAUGAUCCUAAAUAUCAGAAAAAUCGACUCCAUCUCCAAUCCAACCUGAAACAUUAGCAGAAGGUAUUUUGAGUGAACAUUGCCAUGUUGAUUGAUACAGACAGAUAAAACAUUGAAGAGUCGAACUCAAGCCACUAUACACUACCAGUACCAGAGUCCUCAAAUCAAUUUUCUUCAACCUUGUUAAUAAUAAACUAUUUUUUUUUAUUAGACAGCAGAUAUUUUUUAGCAAAGAACGACUUGUAGUUCUAGUACACCAUAUAGCGUCGUCAUUUAAGAUGUGAUGAGAUGUUACUUCAAGUCUCCCUGGAAGGGAGUUCAUGCCAAUUUUUUUUUCUUGUUUUAUUGUUCUCCUAGAAACAUAUAGCAAAUUUUAUGUGAUUUUAGGCUUGUCUCAUUCUAGUAUUUGCAAUUAGUUGGUAGUAGAAUCUAGUUCUUCUCAUCA